CGCCCCUCCCCUCCCCGUCCGUUCCCCUCCGUCGGCUCCGCGGCCUCGGGCCGGGGCACGGCGGGCGGCGAUGGAGGAGCCGCUGUGCUGCUGCGAGUACGUGGACCGGAGGGGUGAGCGGAACCACCUGGCGGCGUGCUGCUGCGACUGCGAAGAGCUGGACGAGGGCUGCGACAGGUGGCUGACCUGCAGAUCCCUGCCCCCAGGAGCGCUGGAGAGAAUUGCCGACGCCGUUGCGGACCGGUGCCGUGUCCCUUGGUUUGCCGGGGCCGUGAAGAUCAACGUCAGCCUCGUGCCGCCCAUGGUCCUGCUCCCCGUCUUCCUGCAUAUCGCAGCUCUGCACUUCCUGCUGGGGCUGGUGGUGCUGACAUCGCUUCCCGCCGUGGUGCUGUGGUAUUACUACCUCACGCACAGGAGGAAGGAGCGGACUCUCUUCUUCCUGAGCCUGGGACUGUUCUCCCUGGGCUACAUGUACUAUGUUUUUCUCCAGGAGGUGGUUCCUCGAGGCCACGUGGGGUAUUCCCAGGUGGCACUUCUCACCUGUGGGCUAAUUCUUAUGCUUGCGGCUUUGUCGCGAGCCAAGAAAGACCCUGGCUACCUUCCCAUCUCAGCAGGUGACGACAAGCCAUCGCAGCAGGCUUUUCCCAGCAAGAACGUUCGAGGGAGCUCCAACGGGCUCCAUGGAGGUGCUGCCAGCGGCCAUUCCGUGAAUGGGGAGACCAAAGGCUACUCCAGAGUGCUGGCUGAGGAGAGGGAAGGUGUGAAAAUGGACUGGUGUGCCAAGUGCCACCUGGUCAGGCCGGCUCGAGCGGGGCACUGCCGGCUGUGUGGCAGGUGCGUGAGGAGACUGGAUCAUCACUGUGUCUGGAUUAACAGCUGUGUAGGGGAGCAGAACCACCAAGCAUUCAUCCUUGCACUAUUCUUCUUCAUGGUCACCUCUCUGUAUGGGAUUAUGUUGACCCUGGACACCAUCUGCAGGGGACGAUCCCCAGUAACAGCAUUGUUCUACUGCCCUGGGGCCUAUUCUGACUACAGCUCUGCUCUGUCGUUCACCUGUGUGUGGUACUGUGCUAUUGUAACAGCUGGCAUGGGAUACAUCCUCCUUAUCCAGCUGUUGAACAUCAGCUACAACGUGACUGAGAGGGAAGCUCGGCUGGCUCUGCGGGACAACGCUGGGCGCAGGCUCCUGGCAGGGGAAUGGCCCCUUCCACUAGAACUUCCUCCUCCACACCCUUCCUUCGUGGUCGGUGUAUGGGCUGCCCAUCCCAUCGCAGACAUCAGAGGCUUUCCCAAGCAGAAAUGGUUCUUCGUGUGCCAUCAGCCAGCCAUAGGAUGCGGGAAGCAGAAAGCCAUAUGCACAAACCUGGAGAGCGGGAACCCACUGCCUUUUUUGCACUGUGGGAAACUUUGUGCAGCUCGGCAGGAAGAAGAGCACAAGGUUUUGAGAACUUGAGUUUUCAUUAGGUGUGAACUCUGGCGUCAACAGGAACCUGCUGUUGGAUUUCAGACUGUGUGCUGUUUCUUGCAGCUUAAGGAAUCUCUGGCUUGUACCUACAUGCAACGCUUCAGUGUUGUUAGAAGAGUGAACUUUUAAUAUAGAAAACAGAUGGACCAGUGCAGAAGCCAUGCUGUUUAGCUGAAAAAAAAGUCUGCUCAGGCAGUCACUGAGUGUUCCAUCGUCUCUGGUGCAUUUUUCUUCUAUCCCAUCCAGCUGUAUACAUGCUAUUGCUUGUAUUAAGUGCCUUUGUGAGCAACAUUCCUGUAGGGUAUUGUAAGAUCCUUUCAUCGCUUGACCUGUCUCUCUGACUGGGUGAGAAGAAUGUCAUCUUUGAUCUUGUCGUUCUUUUUGUAAGCCGAGUUUGUGUUGGUUUGAUGGCUUGUCUCAUCUCCCUCAAAAUAUUUCUGCUCUGAUUAUGGAUUCUGACAUGAGACAGCAGGUGUAAAUAUACAGAGGAAGAAGGAGAAUGUUUUGAGGAAACACGUAACAUUUGACUGUGGGGGAGAACAGACUGUUGCCUGAUGCUGUUGCUUUACAGGAACUGCCCUACUCCCUCCCUCUCAAGGAGGGGGGAUUCUGUGGGAGAAUUUACUUUUUUUGCUAACAGCGGUUUUGGUAGGUAACAUUUUGAUCAGUUGUGUUGCUAAUAAGAAUGAUGCUUUCUUCUCUCAACCCAGUCACUGGGGAGUUGCCCUGGUGCCUGACCUUGGUUUUCACAAGCUAGGAAGCAGAGGACUAGUUUGAUGUCUGCAUGUGUAGAGAGAUGGAGAGGAUGCUUUGGCACUGGCUGCUUUUGGGGUAGGUGACCCACAGUGGCAGGUAGAUGAAUGUGUUAACUGUGUUCUACAAGAAUGCUGUGUGUCCCUCAGCAGUCUAAAACUGUAUUAUUGCACAGACGAGCUUCAGCUGAAAUCACAAGGUUUUAGUGUUGAUGGUUGCUACUUUUUUGGGGCGUGGGGUUUUUGUUGUUUUUCAUUUUAAAUCCUUUCUGUGUGUUGGCCCUGCAGAAAGGUCUGGCUGGAAAAGCCUGGGACUGUGGCACAAGAGUUACGGCUUGAGUCUAAGAUGCAGAAGCAGUGGGAAGAGCCUCAUCUUAGUUACUGAUGCCUUCAGAUACGUGUGCAGUUUGCACAGAUCAAACUCACCUUGCUUCCACUUGUGUGGCAGGCAGCUAGGGGUUGUUGCUUGUGCGAUGCAAAUUUAGUAUGCACCCCUGUACAUAUUCUCUAAAGAAUAGAUAGUACAUGGUGCCAAGGGACAGCAGAACUGGGACUGUCCCUUGAGAUUCCUGCCAUAUUUGGUGUGUAUGCUUGUGAGUGCGUGUCCCAGUUUAAGGUAAAGAACACGUCCCUCUUUGCACUGUUUGGUUUCCUCAAGUGGCACCUACAAUUUCUAUAACCAGCAGAUAACUGAGGAGCAGCUGCACUUGGGACGUGGCUGUUCAGCAAUGGCUACUGAUUUACUGAGUGUCCUUGAUUUCUUCUUACCCCUUUUCAACCAGUGAGCAGCUCUUUAAAGGAAGUAAAGGAGAUGCCUCCUGUGCUUCCUGCCUCUUGUCUGAGCGCACUUAGAUUUCUGACAACUUCCCUGGCCCUAGCGUGAAGUAAAAGGCACUUGACUGCACUCUGCUAUUUCUCUGGCAGCUAAGCGUGACCUUCUGAUUGUUUGGAACUGGAGUCUGACCCUACGAGUUUAGCUUUACACAAAGAUCUCUCCUCCAUGUGAGCUGUCUGUAAAUGUUUCCAUGGAACAUAUGCCUUUUGUAGUGCCUGCUGAGAUGAGCUGAAGCUUGACAACCCUGGAGCCAGGGUUAGCAGACUUGUGAUCUUCCCAAACCUUGUCCUUCUGGCUUGUGGGAAGAUGAAGCCAGAACGAGCUCCUGGACUAAACCCCUGCUGUGCAGGCAGCCAGCCUUUCUGCCCCUCUGAGUUACACAGAUGCAGACAUCAAUCACGCCUACGAACUGAACAAGCUCUGGGAACGCUCACAGAUUUGAGAUAAGUGGUUUCUCAGAGUCCUGCUUUGGGCUGGGAGGAAGCAGAGUUGGGCAGGAGACAAAUUCGUUCCCUGGCAGUUGCCUGACCCUGUUGUACUCGUUCUCUCCCAUGGGCAGGUUUUCAUUAUUUGUAGCCUGCGCAUCAGCGGAGCCUUGUCCCUUGCUUUUUAAUGAGAUCUGGUGUGGGAAAACUUUAACUACUUAUACCAAGGCUUUCUCAGUGGAAUGUCAGUGUGAACUUGAGUGCAAAUUAGGAAUCAAGGUCCUUGGACUACUGUAACCCUUCCACGCUUUGGUCAAGCCCACUCCAGUAGAGUAUAGAGGGUUAAGUGAUUAAAGUAAGUUCUAUUUUUGGACCCUAUCCAGAGGGAGUGAGAAUCAUUCAGGACAAUAAAAUGGUUGCAAGACUGGGUUUUUGUAUGAGGAGAGUGCAGUGCUGAUUUUCCAGCGAGCAGGAAGUUGACUUUGCUGUAGUCUGCAUAGCACUGGUGGCUUUUUCUUUACGGACGUGCCUUUUGUUUACCUUCCUGGCUUCUUGUUGAGAGGAUUUACCUUGUGAAUACUCUUGGAGAUGGAAAGCACGAUACAUCCCUAUCUCAAAGGGUGGAAGUGUUGAAAGCUUCAGAUGUAUGCACUGGAGCUCUCCUUUUAAUAGCCUUCAGAGUUAGGAAGAAGCCCUUAAAGGGCAGCGCUUCCUGUUUCGCUUAGAAUGUGGGGAGACUGCUGUGAUCUCUUGUGCACUGAAGGGCAAUCUUCAUUUUAAAUUUUAUUGCUGAGCUCAGUGUUGGCCACGCUGAGAGAAAAAUGUUAAAACCUAGUGCAGCCUAGCAGGGCUGGAGAGUCAGUCCAUAAAACCAGUAAAGCAGCAUGCACCAAUGUGGCAAUAAGAAAAUAGUACACUGCUGGCCGUUUCCAAGUUUUCUGUGUGAGAGGAGAGUACCCAGAGUUAAGAAGCAGGGAAAUACCUGAGUGGUAUCUAGCCUCGAUGUUUCUUCACUCAGACUUAGAAAUGGGUGAAUCCUGCCAUGACCUUCUGUUGUUUCACGACCGGGGUGAUCUUACUGAAGGGCCAGGGUUCUAAUGUCGCUGCUGUCCUAGUGGUAAGCCCCCUGUGUACAAAUAAUAGCGCCCUGUUGUUUGGUGACUGUACUAAGAGCUGUACACCAUUAGAUACACUGUGUAAAUGGUGGCUUGGCACUCUUAACUUUGUCAUCUUCAAUUGAGCUGCUUUUUGUAGAUGAGUCACAGGUCCACACGUAGACUGUUUCUCCGUUUAACUUGUCUUCAGAUGACAAGAGUCACUGGUGAGCCCGAGCUGGUGCUGCUUGUGAUUUCUUAUCAUAUUUUAGCCUUCAUGCUAUGAUGGUGCUUUUUUUUCUAAGUAGGUUGCUUUCAAGUGUCUUGAUGGAAACCAUUUGCUGUAAAAUUUCUUCUGGAGUUAAAAUGGAUACUGCCUCACUGCCUAAUGUCUUAAUAAUGUGCUUGAUGUUUUCCUUCUAUAUGAAUGUAUAUUGCCUCGUUAGGGCAGAAAGCGUGUGUGAUUAUGGAUGUGUUUUCCUAUAUUGCUUUCAGUGAAGAACUCUGUUUUCUUAGGAUUUUCUUCCACUACUUGGGUGUUUGUCCAGCAAAAAUCCUUGGACAGGUGAGGUUCUUUCUGAAAUGUGGAAAUUUGGCCUCCCAAAAUCUUAAUGAACUGCAUUUAAUUACAAUAAAAAGAAUGACAUGCUCUGGAAGAACUGUCUACCUUGGAAAGUAGAGUGUGUCUUAUGUGGGAUUUUCUUGUUUCUGAUUUGUUUUUUCUUUCACCCCAGCCAAAGCUUUAGGAAGAAUUUCAUGAAACAUUUGUGAGCUUUGUUGAAAGGACUGGUGUGUGUGUGUGUGUGUGUGUCCAUAGUAUAUUGUAUCCAGUGUUUUCAAAGAGAUGCAAUUAUAAAUCAAAAUAAAUUAUUAGAAAUCA